GACAAGGUUCCUCACGCUGAGGACAAGGUUCCUCACGCUGAGGACAAGGUUCCUCACGUUGAAGACAAGGUUCCUCACGCUGAGGACAAGGUUCCUGGCGCUGAGGUCAAGGUUCCUGGCGCUGAGGACAAGGUUCCUGGCGCUGAGGACAAGGUUCCUGGCGCUGACGACAAGGUUCCUGGCGCUGAGGACAAGGUUCCUGGCGCUGAGGACAAGGUUCCUGGUGCUGAGGACAAGGUUCCUGGCGCUGACGACAAGGUUCCUGGCGCUGAGGACUAG